UUUCUCCUGCUCCUCCUCCUCCUCCUCCUCCUGGAGGAAAACGCCCCAGCCGUCCCCGUGUAGCCUCCUCCAUCCAGCAGCAUUGUUACUCCCCGCGUCUCCCCCGCCACACUGACUGAUCCGCGGGCUGCUGAUGGAGGGCGCUUCGGUGUAAGUGGACUUCAGAAAGGCUCCCUGUUUACCUCAACGCUCCUGUGAAACGAGAGAGAAAAGGUAACAAUACGGUCGCGACAGGACGCGUAUUUCUCUCUGCGUGUUCUCUGCGCACCUGGCUGUCCGAGCGGGCGCGCGCUGCACGCUGAGCGGAACAUCCGAAUUGGAGCCCUCUUCACUUCCACACCUGCCGCUACUUGUCCUCCUGUUUAACCCGAAGCCACGCGCCUCCGGGCGGGGAGGGGACAUGUGGAGAGGCUUUAUGACCUGCGCUGCAUCCCGGCUCUUCCUCCCGUGCGUCCGGCUGGAAGGGUAGCCGCCGUGUCCCGCGGAGGAUGCCGAACAGUGACACUGGAUCUGCUUGUGUGCAUAAAGAAGUAUCCGAUGCAAAUCAUCACCUCUGGCAGUCAUGAGGAAUAGAGGGCUGAAGACGCAGUCCUGAAGAUUGAUGGAGGGCCAUGCUAUUCAAACAGCAGGCAUUGCUGAGACAGAAGCUCUUCGUUCUGGGCAGCCUUGCUAUCGGAAGUGUCCUCUAUCUCGUGGCCAGGGUUGGGACCUUGGAUAGGCUACAGCCCAUUUGCCCCAUUGAGAGCAGACUGCCCCCUCCUGAGCCAGAGCAAAUCCCCCUCCGCACCCUGCAGUUUAAGCGUGGCCUGCUCCAUGAACUACGCAAGGGCAAUGCCACCAAGGAGCAAAUCCGCCUGCACAACCUGGUCCAGCAGCUGCCCCGGGCCAUCAUCAUCGGGGUGCGCAAGGGGGGCACCCGCGCCCUGCUGGAGAUGCUCAACCUGCACCCUGCCGUGGUCAAGGCCUCGCAGGAGAUCCACUUCUUUGAUAAUGACCAAAAUUACGCCCGGGGCAUCGACUGGUACAGGGAGAAAAUGCCCUUCUCCUUCCCUCAUCAGAUCACCAUUGAGAAGAGUCCUGCCUACUUCAUCACAGAGGAGGUCCCUGAACGCAUCUUCAAGAUGAACUCCUCCAUCAAGCUGCUGAUCAUCGUGCGCGAACCCACCACCCGAGCCGUCUCCGACUACACACAAGUGCUGGAGGGCAAGGAGCGCAAAAACAAGACCUACCACAAGUUUGAAAAGCUGGCCAUCGACUCCAACACCUGCGAGGUGAACACAAAGUACAAAGCGGUGCGGACCAGUAUCUACACCAAACACUUGGAGCGCUGGCUGAAGUACUUUCCCGUGGAGCAGUUCCACAUCGUGGACGGGGACCGCCUCAUCGCCGACCCGCUACCGGAGCUACAGCUCGUCGAGCGCUUCCUCAACCUUCCCUCUAGAAUCAGCCAGUACAACCUGUACUUCAAUGCCACCAGGGGAUUUUACUGUCUGCGAUUUAACAUUGUCUUCAACAAGUGCCUGGCAGGCAGCAAGGGCCGCAUCCAUCCAGACGUGGACCCGUUGGUGGUGACUAAACUGCAGAGGUUCUUUCAUCCCUUCAAUCAGAAGUUUUACCAGAUCACAGGCAGGACUUUCAACUGGCCAUGAUGAACUUUGGACUCCUCCAAUGAGAUUCCUUGGAUUGGUGUUUUUUUCUGAAAUGCCGAGCUAUGAGACCUCAUAAAAAUAUGAAUAGCACUUUGAGUUUAAUACAAGAAUGACAGUGUGACCAAAUAUAAAAGGGACUUGAUGUAAGUGCUUUUAAGUGUGUGAAAAUAAAACAAAAUAGUUUGAUGAUUUGAGUAAAAGAUUCAGUUCAAAACACUUGAUCUUGCAAAUGAAUUUCCUGUCUGUCAUCAUGAAGAGUAAAAAAAGAAACAGCACUGAACUGUGGUUAACGGAAGAGAUUAUUUUUGUUGCUCUUUAAAAGACUAUCAAACACUGACAUCCAUGCUGUUAAGAUAAGCUUUAAGUGUGACGCUUUUCUCAUGAUAAAACACCUUAAAAGAUGACAUGACAUUUGAUAAAACAUAAUUGUUCAUUUGUUGCCCCAUCAUGUUGUUUAUUUGACGAAAACUGCAUGUGCAAUCAAGAUGCCAUUACAACAUUGUAGACUGUUGUAUUAGUUGUCUUCUGUUGUCUGUUUUUAUCAGUCUUCACCACAUUUAUUAAUCAAUGCUGUGAUUAAUCCAUUAGAAGGUAAUCUCUUUUAAUUCUAAACACAACACCCAGUCUGGGGAAUAGGAUCUAAUGUUUCAAGCUUGACUCAAACCAUGUCCAAAAUCCUCAAAGCAUUUAAGACCCAAGCUUGUGUUUUUAUUGUAAGUAUGUUGGUUCCUCCUCCCCCUACAGCUUUUUCAUUGGUUUGCCAAACACCUGGCAAAAAAAAGCCAUAGUGGAAAAAAAAAAGUUGUCCUCUGAUGAUUGUUGUCAAACCAACUGUUUAUUCUCUGAUGAUUAGCAAAAUGUGUCUGUUUCUGUGCAAAUAUUCAUUCUGUAUCAUAAGUGUGUUGUUAAAAAAGGAUAAAUUAAAAAGAAUGUGUAAACAUUGUCAGCUGA